AUGCCGAGAACUUCAUGCCCUCGAGCAAGGUCUCUUACCACAAGCCUGGCGAUUGUUCUGGCGGUGCGCGUCACUCGGCUGGAAUCAGCUCACCGCAAACAUCUCGCGUUCGUGUGCGCAGAACCACGCGCCGGCCAGAUGAGCUUUGUUCUUCAGCCGGCGUUUGGUCGACCUUCGACCUUGACCUGUGUGGGGCGGCCCGCGGACAUAGUGUUCGUCCUGGACACUUCGACCAGCAUCUGGCCGCUGGACUUCAACAACUACGUCAGACCCUUCAUCAGCAACGUGGUGGCCAUGUUGGACGUUGGCUCCGGCGCAACCCAGACGCGAGUGGGCGUUCUCACAUACAGCGACGACGUCAACUACCACUUCCAGCUUAAAGACCACAUGACUGGGAAAUCUCUAGCUGGAGCAAUCGGCGACAUUCCGUAUAUCCACGGAAACACGAAUACCCAUCGUGCAUUGCGUUAUAUGUCGGACACGAUGUUUACGCGAGAAAAUGGAGCGCGGCCGUAUGCCGCUCGCAUUGCAAUAGUCAUCACCGAUGGUCUGUCAAAUGAUCCAUGGUCGACGCAGAAGUCCGCCGAGUUUGCCCGAUCCAUGGGUAUCCAGAUCUUCGCUAUUGGCGUGGGACCGGAAGCAGACAUAGACGGUGAGCUGAGCGACAUUGGAAACGACCCCCACUGGAAGUUCACGUUCCACGUGGACAACGUCCAAGCACUGGCUACAAUAGAAAGAAGUCUCGCUCGAAGAACCUGCAUUGAAACAACGCCACGCCCUGCGACGACGACAUCAACAGCGUCUUCCGAGAUUGGGCCGAUCAAAGAUGAGCCUGUUGGCGCCCUGAAAUACUGUGGAGGAAAGCCUGCCGAUAUUUACUUCCUUCUAGACUCUUCCAACAGCAUAUGGAUUCACGACUUCAAUUUGCGAAUGGUGAAGUUUGUACGAGACAUGGUAAACAUCUUCGACAUUGGAACCAACAAGACACGCGUUGGCGUCAUCACAUUUUCUUCUGACGUCACGCCAGUGUUUAGGCUUGACGAGUACACGUCACGUGACUCCUUGCUGAAGGCCAUCAGCCCUGAACAUAUAAAGCACCAGGGCGGAGGCACCAACACAGGGUCGGCCAUUGCGUACGUCAGAGAUCACGGGUUUCGCUCGCGGCCUCAAGUGGCCCACAUCAUGGUGGUCAUCACGGACGGAGUGUCAUUCGACCCGGAAGUGACGCGAAGGGAAGCGGCGGCUGCGAAGAGAGCGGGUAUCUACAUGUUCGCAGUUGGCGUGGGACAAAGCGUGGACGCGACGGAACUGAGGGAUAUGGCCAGCUCACCCAGUGACCGAUUCAUGUUCAGUGUUUCCGGUUUCCACGCCCUGACAACUCUGAGAGACAUACUGGCAAUCAGGACCUGCACAGUGCCGCCCCCUGCCGAACAAGCUGUAUGUCUACCGACUGAUCUUGUAUUUAUAUUUGAAACAUCGUCCAAAACACCAGACCAGAGAAAACACCUUCGUGACGUCAUCACCACGUAUGCCAAGACCCUCAGAGGAAGUAAUGUUCGCGUCGGCGCAAUAACCGAUCCCUGCGUGGAGAUCUCAUUCGCAGAUCUUCAAAGCUUCAAGGCUCAGCUGAACGGAAUUGUGGAUGACUCGGAAAUUCUCAUUUCUGGAAUGUUGAGAAAGCUUAGAUAUUCACAUUUUGCUUCGUCUGCUAGCAAAACCAAACGGGUAGCUGUUCUCGUCGUUGACGAGAAAACGCGAGACUUCUCUCACUUGAUAGCUCAAGCCAAGAUGGCAAAAGCUCAGGGGUUAAAACUGUUUGUUGUUGCUGUCGGGAACGUGUGGGACAGACUUCCACAAGAGGUGGCAUCUAGUCCGUUACAGAAACACAUCGUCAAAGUAAGAAGCUACGAAGACCUUAGUGCUAAUGAAUUUGAUUCGCUCACAGAACAUUAUACAUGCAGAAGACGCCAAUCGUAACAUGUGUUUUACUAUUUACAUUGUAAGAGAUCCUAAAUUAUUAUGUCAGCGGGGACUCUUAACCAGAGGAACAAAAAUUCACCACUGAGACAUUAUCAUGCAUUGGCGCAGUGCGUAAUCCAUAACAAUCACUUUUAUGUAAACAAUUCUGUGAAUGCGUCUUUGUCAUUAUUGAUCAUUCUGUGCAUUAUAGAAAUUUUGCAGUAGAAUAAUAUUGACAGAAAGUGUGUGUAUACACUUUGUAAUAGAAUCUUGGUGAAGAUGCAUAUCAUUUCAUUUUUUUUCAUUUCUACAAUACUAUUAAAGGCAUACUUGCACAGAUUUAAGGACCUUAUUUCUCUAAGAAUGGAUAAUAAAUAGAAAUUACAUUAAUUGU